CGUCAAUAACGCCACCAUGACGCUUAGAAUUAAUGACGUUUUGUCAAUUUUGAUAACUUUACAUUGCUUUACAUUUUAGGAGACGUAUUAAUUUAUUUUAUAUGUUUAUAACAUAUUUUAAGCUUUUACAAAUAUACAAAUAAUGAACUCGUGCUAUAUUUGGCAUACCUACUUGUGUUCAAUCAUAACAUACUCAAACACAGCAAAACGAAAAUGAAUGUGAACGUGCAUCGUCUGAGAGUAGUAAGUUUUGAUAAGGCCCUAAGCGAAAAGAGUAGUUUAAUAGAAAAGGCUAAAAAGAAAUUGAAAAGGAAUAAUGAUUAUAAAGUACUGCACAGGACUGUAUCAACACAGAAGACAGGCAAAGUAAAAAAAGAUAGAAACAAACUCAAUCAUGCUACUAACACGGAAAGAAAAGUGAUUAAAAAGAACAAAUACACAGCCUUUACGCCAAUUAAAAAGAUGAGCCUUGCAUCUAUUACUGAACUUUUUAGAGUACGUAAAAAUGUUUCAGGGGAUUUAUUAAAGAGUCUUGCCUCAAUUAGAACUAUCAGUUUGGAUGAUAUAAAGAAAACACUAAUAAAUAAUGUGUAUGGUAAGCGACUGAAGUGUAAACCCAAACAGGGCUAUAAAUAUAAUGUUUCUAAGAAGAUCGGUCCACGAAAACGUGUUGAAAGUCAGGAUGACAUUAAAGUUUUAUAUUCUUUUGAGAGACCUAAGAGUCCUCCUGAUCCAGAUAUAAAUAUUCCGCCAAAAAAUUCUUACAAAAGAAAUAAUAUCCUUCGCAGAUCUUCUUCUGAUCUAUUUGGUAUUGCCAGAGCACGCAGGGAUACAUAUUUAUGUUACCACACAACCAGAAAUACUGGACUCUUCCCUACACCUAAAAGAAGAAAAAAGAGAACAGAAUCUACGCCACACAUUGUUCACCAAGUUUAUCCGUUAAGCAUAACAAAUCGUAAAUCUAAAGAUUUGAGGUUUCAAAGAGAGGCUCUUUCAGAUCAUUACAAUGUUGUCGGUUUCCCUAAGACCAGCAAAGUCAAUGUUGAUGAGCACCGACCGAAACCUCAUAAGUGUGUAGCGAGACAUAGAGAAGUGUCCCCACGUCCGUCCACUGCUAUGUAUGUGACUAUGGAUUGUAAGGGUCACACUAGUAAUGCUAAGCGUACUAGUGCAGCAGUAUUAACGGAGCCCAUAUCAAAAUGCAUGACGUGUAUAAAGAAAAUUACAUCAUGCCAUGAUAGGACACCAGCUAGAAGAUCUAACAUUUGUUGUACUAUCUUUCAAAUCUUAUGCAAUAUAAAAUGUCCUAAAGUAUUGCAAACCACUCUACGGUACUUACUAUUAGUUCUAUCUAUUAUCGCUUGGUCACCAUGCAUUAUAGCAGUGGGAUUUUGUUGGCUUUUAGUUUAUCCUUUGAAGCCAAAUUACGUUUUUGAAGACGAUAAAGAAUUGGAUGAUGACGAAACAUGUUGUAAAAAGAAGAGUGCAUUUACCAAGGUAAUGGACUGGAUUGCCAAAACAUCUCAACGCAUGGCUUCUUCAAUACGUGAAAUACACAGAUUAUUAAUGAACAAAGAAGAAUGUUGCAUCGAAUCCCCGAACAUCGCACAAGCUUCAUCAGCUCCAUGCCAAAUAACGGCAGUACAUAAAAAGAGCCGAACACCAUGGCAACCUUGUCCUGAUAGGAAAUACAUUUUGUAUUUCGACAGCGUAAGAGGUUGGUUAAUGAAACCAGUACGAAAUGAAAUUUGUGAAAAAUGUAAGCGGGCAGAAGUAGUUCAAAAUCUUAGUCUCGACCACCCUCAUGAGUCCCCGUCACGUCCUAAUAGAGCAGUAACUUUUUCGGACACAAUGCACCAAGAUAAAGGCAAUAUUGUAUCCCGUGAAUUUAUACACAAAUGUAAAUGCCCCCCAAAAACCGCUCAUAAAAGUAAUGCUAAUGUAUGUACCCAAACGACAUGUCGUAAAACUGAGAAUCGUCUACCUAAAUGUGGCAUAUGUGUAGAUCCAGAUGAUAUUCUUAUUCAACGUAUAGAUAAAAAACCUGACCCAAAAAAAGGACGUAAGAAAAAAUCUGUUUUUUGUGCUUACAGACCACCUAUUCAUAAAAAGACUAGUAAAAUGCCAAAAGGUAAGUCUCUGAAGUGUCGCAAGUGUAAACCACGUACACGUGCUCCGUUUGCAAGUAUGGGUCCUAGACUUAAUAUGAACCCACGAGGACCUUUUCAGUCAAGAGCAACUGCAUUGUAUAGUAAAGAGGAAGAUGAACCUGAUCGUUCCUUAGGUCAAAGAUUUUGCGACUCUUGUAAAUCCUGUGCACAUAGUUUGAAGGAAGUCGUAACUGAAGCAGACAAGGUGUGGGAUGUCGAAAUGACCUGCAAUAACAUGUAUAUUCAGACUUUGAAGAAACGACCUUGUUUCUGGAUAUAUCACUGCUGUAAAUCUAUGUACCCUGCGUUUUUAGCAUUUCACAAACUUUGUUCAAAUGCUUGUUAUGUCUGCACCUUGUUAUUUGGCAUUUGUGUGUGGUGUCCACUGUUAUUAUGUUGUUAUGGGCUAUCUUGGCUUGUAUGUGGAUGCAAUUAAUUUAAAUACAUAUUUAAAAAAAACUCUUUAUUUUUUUAUACCUACGCCCAUCCGACGUUAAUUAGGCCACAUUUUGAAAUUAU